CUCUUAGCUGGUGCAGUUACAUUUCUGUUCUACUGUGUCAGUGUAAGGUCUGCCUCUUUAAUUCGUCCAACCCCUCAGAGUGUUACAGUCCACUCCAGUCAGGGGGACAGGCGGGAGUUACGUUGAAUGCUGCUGUGAUGGCCUCAUUUCGGGUUGUAGAGUAGUAAGUUCCAGAGCUGAUUGUGGUAACAAUCAGGCGCUGUCAGCUGUAGGGAAGUGUCUGUGUGCUGGGUGAUAGCAGAUUGGAAACUGUCACACCCCACCCAGCAGUCAGGGAGCGGUGCCUCACAGCUACUGUGAUCUAACUCUGCAUAGAUCAUGCCCCGGCAUGUUCCGCUCACAGAGGAGAGAGAGUUUGCAAACCAAUCGCUACGGAUCUGAAAGAACAUUACCUGACUCAGUGUAACGUCCGGGAAGAGAGUUCACUCAGUCCCUGGUGAACAACUGCUGGAGCCGGAGGAUCGGGAGCCACUGGGAGCUCAGGAGCAGACAGUUAAGUGAUCUUGCAGCUUGAUUUGGGGACAUCACCGAGAGUGAGAUGGCAUCUCCUGAGAAUAUGCAGCUUACAGAGAAUGGAGGGACAGAGAUAGCACUGAGUAAUACCAACAGUGCUGUGUCCAAUGCUGAACACUCCAAGGAGGAAUCCCAACCAGGGAACACUGAAGAGACCCUGGUGUUCUUUGACCUGGAAACCACUGGCCUAGAAAAAUGUUGUGAUAUAGUGCAGCUGUCAGCAGUGUGUAGUGGCAAGAUCUUCAACAGGUACAUCCUGCCCAGCAAAUCCAUGUCAGCGGGAGCUACAAACGUUACUGGAAUACAGGUCAUGGAUGGAAUCUUGUACCUAAGAGGGGAACCUCAGAUAACCUACAGUCUCCAGGACACCAUGACAGCUUUCCUCAAGUUCCUGCAGUCGCUGGACAGGCCUCUGUUAGUAGGCCACAACAUCUGGAAAUUUGAUGGUCCAAUUAUUCUGGGAGCCUGGGAGGAGUUGUCCAUGAAAGAUCAAUUUGCAGAAUGUGUGACUGGAUUCCUGGAUACCUUAUGGCUGGCCAAGGAAGUUAUUCCCAGGACAGAGGUCAGCAGCUAUUGUCAAUCUGACCUCGUGCAAAGCCUUCUUAAGAAAAGUUACGAAGCUCAUAAUGCUAUUGAAGAUGUGAAGAGCUUGCAGGAGCUGUACUCUUUUCUCAAAUUUACUCCAGAGCAGAAGCAGAAAAGUCAGUUUUCUGUCUCUCAGCUUGAAAGCCGUAUCUCUUUACAGCCUCUCACUGAUCGUAAGGUGCUAUUUUUUCAGCUUGCUGAUAAACUUGCGAUGCAGGAUGUUAGUUUGGAAAAGAUGAAAUUAACAUACGAGCAAGAUGCUGAAUCGGGGUUAAAAACCCUGUUCCAAUCUCUGGGAGUGUCAGGGCCAAUUUACAUCAGAUUAUCAGAAUUUUUCAAACAACAAGUUGCUGGUUCAUUAACACCUGCUCCUACUUAGCAAAAAAGACUUCCCUGAUAUACAAGACAUAAAUCAUUUAUUCAUCUCUUCUUAUUUGCUGAUUGCUUGAGGUCAUUGCAUUGUUGUAAUUUGCAUUGCUGUUUGUAUGUAUGUUACAAUAUGUAUGAAUCAAUAAAUAAUAUUCUUAAUCAA